AUGCCAGUCACGCUUAAGGUCGCCGGCUCCUGGUCCGGGCAGGUCGAAAUUCCGUCCCUGACCGAAUGGACUGUAUGCGAGCUGCGGGCGGAGCUUUCGCGCCUGUCCGGGAUCGACGCGGGAAGUUUAAAAAUUAUCUGCGGUGGGCGCACGCUUAAAGACCAGGCGGAGGCGGAAGGGGAGAGGGGGCGAGCGGGGGAAGCGGUGAUGGGGGCGGAAGAGAGAGUUGCGGAGGGGGAUAAGGGGGAUGUUGGGAAGGGGAAUAACGAGGGGAAUGGAGAAGGGGACAAGGGGGAGGGGAAGGGGACGGGAAAUUCGCUGGGAAAGCGGAAGGGCGGGCGAGGGAGAAGCUUAGAGGAGGUGGGGGUGAGGGCAGGUUCACGGCUUCUGGUGACAGGUGGCGGCAGGCGAUUGGGCGGCGAGAUUGCAGCGGAGGGGAAGCGAGUGGUGGAGGAGGAAGCUGCGAGGAAAGAGAGGGAGGAGAGGCUGUCACGAGUGAGGGCUGCAGCAGGUGCCAUUGCGAGGAGAGGCAGGGCGGGCAGGGGGGGAAGGGGAGGGCGGGAAAUGGGAGGGCCUGACGAUGGUGGGGAUGAUGAUGAUGACGAUGAUGCUGAAUUGCUGUUGGAGAAUCAGAGCGGGCAAAAACUAGAAAUGGCGCCAAUCGAUAAACGCUCCCUGGUGUCUGGUCUGCUGCUGCAUUCUCACGGUCGCACACUCCUCAGCAAAGGAAACUUCGUGGAAGCCCUCCCUGUGCUCGAGAUGGCCGAGGAAGCGUUCAGCAUCUGCGAUGCCAAAAUCACAGAGGCUAUAGACAAUAUUCCGAUGCUUCUAUUGGACAUCGUAUGGUGCCACUACAUGAUGAAAGACGUCGCCAGUCUGGCGUCUGCUAAAGGACGGCUUGCUGCCGCCCGGUCUGCUCUGCGCAAGGCGCACGGUGCGGACAUGUCAAGGCUGAGGAUGCUUCAGGGAAACUUUCGACCUGAGCUAGCCACGUAUCUCCGCCUUGACCUGUUAGACGCCAUUGCAGCAUACCACAGUGGAGACCUGAUGGGAGCCCGGCCGCUACUAGCAUCGGCCCAGUCCCUCUUUCAACAGCUGCAGGUUUCAGACGAUUCAUUGGCUAGCCUGGCAGGCAUGGGCUUCUUGGCCAAUGAGGCGAGGCGUGCACUACGUGUGGCGGGCGGUGACGUGAGCCGGGCGGCGGAGUUUGUCAUCUUGCAACGGCAGCGGGAGGCAGAGAAGGCAGAAGAGGACAGAAGGCAGAGGCGGAUGGAGAGGGAGCAGCGGGCCUAUGGGAGGACGCCACGUGGCAAGAAGGUGGACAUGCGGCUGCUGGACGAGCUGGCAGCAUACGGCUUCACGCGGCGGGUAGCAGCAGAGGCACUCAGGCAGAGUGAGAACCACCACCAGAGGGCCCUAGACGCGCUUCUUGACCCCACCUCCCUCGCUGCCCUCGAGGUGGCAGUGGCAGAUGGGAAGGCAGAUGGCAGCAGGAGGAGGCACAGCAGAGGUGGUGGUAGUGCUGCUGCUGGAGGCAUGUCUUCAGAUGACUCAGUGGCAGCGCUGGUGGCGCUGGGCUUCUCUGCUCACCAAGCCCGACAAGCCCUAGAGGGCAGCAGUAACGACGUGGAAGCAGCAGCAGCAGCUUUGCUGCAAGGGGAGUAUGGGGAGGCUGGCAUUGGGGAGGGCGGGGGCAGUGGGGAAGGAGGGUCAGGGGAUGGGGGGAACGGGACAGGGGGAGAGGGGACGGAGGGAGGUGGAGGAGAAGGGGGGAUGGAUGUUGAGGAAGGGGAAGGGAGUGAGGGAGGGAGCGAGGGGAGUGAGGAGGAGGAGGGGGAGAGGGAUGAGGAGAUGGAAGGAGAAAUAAGGAAGGGAGUGAGUGGGGAUCCCUAUGCUGAGUACGAUCUGGAUGUUUCACUAGAAGCUGCUGCGAUAGAAGAAUACUCCAAGCUGAUUAUUGGUACCAGUGAGAAUGUGUGA